GAAGAAGACAUAUUUUGGUUCCCAGUGGGUAACUUGCAUCUGUUUAUUAGGGAAACCUAGCGAAAGCUUGGAGCGAAUUUAAUAGGGCUUUAAACAUUUUUAUAUAAGGAGUGCAUCAGCUAGUUAGCCAUACGCUAACCGGCCAAUGUUAUCGAUGUUCCCGUCCACCAUAUAUUCAGUUCAAGCACGGAAGUGCGUACGUGCAUUGAAAGCAAUUCAGAGGGCGCGUGUAGCUCUGCCGGCGUCCUUUUUUCCAUCUUUACUGCACAAAGACCCUAAUGGGAGGUGUUGCUCCUCUGCUCCCAUUCCCCGAAUCACAUCCCAUUAUACCAUCUACUCCCGAGACAAGGACCCACGAUGGGAAGGUGUAGAUAUGCAGCGCUUCGUCGAUGAGGCAGACGUCGUAAUUGUCGGUGGCGGCCCUGCUGGCCUAUCAGCAGCCAUCCGAUUAAAGCAGCUGGCCAAUCGGCAUGAGAAGGAGCUGCGGGUGUGUGUGGUGGAGAAGGCAUCCCAGAUUGGGGCUCACACGCUAUCUGGGGCCUGUCUGGAACCAAGUGCUCUGGAGGAGCUCUUCCCAGACUGGAAGGAGAGAGGGGCCCCACUGAACACACCUGUAAUGGAGGACAGAUUUGCCAUUCUGACAGAAAAAUACAGGAUCCCUGUUCCGAUGCUUCCAGGUCUCCCUAUGAAUAACCAUGGCAACUACAUCGUACGGCUGGGUCACCUCGUGCGUUGGCUUGGCGAGCAGGCUGAGGAGCUUGGGGUGGAGCUGUAUCCGGGCUAUGCAGCCGCGGAGGUGUUGUUUAAUGAGGACGGAAGUGUGAAAGGAAUAGCAACGAAUGAUGUCGGCAUUGCAAAAGAUGGCUCUCCUAAGGAUGUGUUCGAGAGAGGCAUGGAGCUCCAUGCGAAGGUCACGCUCUUCGGUGAGGGCUGCCACGGCCAUCUAGCCAAGCAGCUCUACAAGCAGUUCAACCUGCGCGAGGGCUGCGAGCCACAGACCUAUGCAAUCGGCCUCAAAGAGAUGUGGGUGAUCGAUGAGAAGAACUGGCGUCCAGGUCGGGUAGAGCACUCGGUGGGCUGGCCGCUGAAACGGAACACAUACGGAGGCUCUUUCCUCUACCACCUCAACGAGGGCGAGCCACUGGUGGCUCUGGGUUUUGUGGUGGGACUCGACUACACUAAUCCUUACCUCAGCCCAUUCAGAGAGUUCCAGCGAUGGAAGCACCACCCAUCUAUAUCCCCCAUCCUGGAGGGUGGCAGCAGGAUCGCAUAUGGAGCCAGAGCACUUAAUGAGGGAGGUUUCCAGUCUGUGCCUAAGCUGACAUUCCCAGGCGGUGCUCUCAUUGGCUGCAGCCCAGGCUUUAUGAACGUUCCCAAAAUCAAAGGCACGCACACGGCCAUGAAGAGUGGCAUGCUGGCUGCAGAGGCCAUCUUCAGUAAGCUCACAGAUGAGAACCUGCAGUCCGAGACAACAGGUCUGCAUGUUCCAGAGUAUGAACAAAACCUGAAGAAAUCUUGGAUCUGGAAAGAGCUACAUGCUGUGAGGAACAUUCGCCCAUCGUUUCAUAGCUACUUGGGUCUGUAUGGAGGGAUGCUAUACACUGGAGUUUUCUACUGGAUCCUGCGGGGCAAGGAGCCAUGGACCCUUAAGCACUGCGGUUUGGACUCAGCCCAGUUGAAGCCUGCAAAGCAAUGCACACCCAUCGAGUACCCAAAGCCCGAUGGGAAGAUCAGCUUUGACCUGCUGUCGUCAGUGGCCCUGAGCGGCACCAAUCACGAGCACGACCAGCCCGCUCACCUUACAUUGAAGGACGACGGUGUUCCCGUCGCAUGCAAUCUCGCCACGUACGAUGGCCCGGAGCAGCGAUUCUGUCCCGCGGGUGUGUACGAGUUUAUUCCUCUGGAGUCAGGUGAGGGUAUGAGAUUGCAGAUCAACGCACAGAACUGUGUGCACUGUAAAACUUGUGACAUCAAAGACCCCAGCCAGAACAUCAACUGGGUUGUCCCUGAGGGUAGUGGAGGACCAGCCUACAAUGGCAUGUGAUUAGAAUGGAGACAAAUCACUCACUAAGCCUCCUAAACUGUUUGUGGCAGAGAGACAGCAUGCAUCUGUUUGUUUCCAGAAGGAAAUUAAGUAUUUAACCAAGGUGCCUACAGAACGGAACAAAUCCAUAUCUACUGAUGUGGGCAAUCUUAAUCUCAAUACCAUCACUUUGGCAUUGUUCAUUUAUAAUGAAUGAAACUAGAAACUUUUAUAUAAAAGGUUAAUGUGUGACCAAGGUAGCUGUUUGAAACGGCUGAAAAGAAAAGCAGUUUUGUAGUUGACUAUGUGAACAUUUACAACUAGUUGGCAAUGCUAUUAUGUUAGCUGUGAAAGGUACUAGCCUGCAAGCUAACAGCAAUAGCUCAUUAAACUGGGGUUUGAGAUGUACAUGUUAUUUAGAUACUGUAACUGGUACAAUAAAAUCUGAGUUUGGGAAAAUGAAUUUAUUUUCUCAGAAGAAAAAAAAAGAUGCAUUCAGUGUGAAAGAGUUUGACUUUAUUAUAGUGCUGCUGUAGCAUGGGCCAACUAGUGUAUCUCAGAAAACUUUUCCUUUGACAGUUAAAACCAAUCCAAUAAUAGAACAGUGUUGAAUCAAAUAAAUAUUGAUGAGUCAAGCAAUUCUUAAAGGGCAGCCUGCUUUCUGGUUGAAGGGGUGCUUUGAACAGCAGUCUAUUCAGUCACAGUUCAGACCUCCUCCUCAAAUACUUACAGCAAUAACAAAACAUUCAAGUAUUAGAUGCUGUCAAUAAUGAAUCACAUCCUUCAGUAAAUUCAUCUUCAUCAGGUUUGAAAAUCCAGCUCUAGUUUUUACUCAGUUUAUUCCCAGCAUUACAUUACUAACAGUAGCGUUGAACAGUGAA